AUCUGCUUGGCCAGGCAUCAGUCGCCAAAUUCACCAGUUACCAAAUAGAACCAGCACCCAUCCAGGGAAAAAAGGAUAAACUCAACAAAAUGUACAAGUUCGUUUGCCUCGUCUCCUCAGCCCUGCUGCUUGUCAGCUGUGCCCUGGCCCGGCCGCAGGAUCAGCGGGCAGCAGCUCCAACUACAACCACAACACCGGCUUCAAUUAUCAAACAGGAAAAUGUGAACAAUGCCGAUGGAACAUUCAAUAGCAGCUACGAAACCUCGAAUGGCAUUCGAGUUGAAAAUAUUGGAACAUUGAAGAAGAUCACCAUACCGAGGAGUGAAGAUGCCAAUGGACAGGUCAUUGAAGAACACGAAGCGGUAAUUUUGGUCCAGACUGGCUCCUACAGCUACAAUGAUCCCGAUGGAAACGUGAUAAGUGUACAAUACGUUGCCGAUGAGAAUGGCUUCCAGCCUCAAGGUGAUCACUUGCCAGUGGCUCCUCAAUAGAACAACUCCCCCAAGCUACCUACACUUACCUACCUAAAUUGAAACUCAGCUACUACUCAUCUUUCGCUUCAAAAAAGUAUUACGCACUGCCUGGAAUGCCAAAAACAAGAAACCAACGCGAGAAAACAUCAUUUUAAUUUCCAUAAAUCUGUAGGUUUAAGUAAAUUUAUCAAAUUACACCUAUUGCACACCCGAUGAGCAAACGAAAUCGAAAAUAAAUAAA